ACUAAUUUGAUAAGAUAUUGUGUUAUUUUAUCUAUGAAAAUAAUUAAAAAGACUUUUGCGAAACCAAAACCGAUUAUGCCAGUAAUUGAUUUUACAAUUUUAGAGAAAGGGAAGAAGAUGGAUAUUCAAAGAACGGAUCAAACAAUGCCUAAAUUACUGCGUAUUAUCGCGGCGAAAAAAUCGCAUGUUCCAUCAACUGUUUUGACAAAUAAUUUUAAAUCUCAAGAGUCUGAAGUAGUAUCUGUACCAGCUAAAAUAAUCGCCACUGCUCAUAUCAAGGAAACCCCAAAAGAAGAAAUCUUAAAGGAAACCGUAAUUUUACAAAAACAAACAAUGCCUAAAUUACUGCAUAUUAUCACGGCGAAAAGAUCGCAUGUUCCGUUAACUGUAUUGACAAAUUCUGAACCUCAAGAGCCUGAAGUAGCAUCUAUUUCUACUAAAAUAAUCGCCACUGCUCAUCAUGUCGACGAAAUCCCAGCAGAUAAAAUUCUAGAAAAGAAAAUUGUAGAGGAAGAAACGGUAAUUUUGCAGGAUCAUAGUCAUACUGAAGAAGUCACGAAAGAAGUAAAACAGGAUGACACAAUUACGUGUGAAACGAGUGUUGCCGCAAUUGAAACGAAUCUCGAAGACGUUCCGAAAGGUGUUGUUGAUGAAAAUAAAGUUCCCAAAGAUAUUCUAGACGAAAUAACAGAGACUCGCGUCGCUUGUCCACAGAAGAGACCAGAAGAAAUGUCACAAAGGUCUAUUCUUUGUAAAUGCGGUCCAUCUUUCGGUCUGAAUGGCUGUUCGUGCUCGAUUGCCAAGUGCGUGAAAGACCGUGUGCCCUGUCCGCAAGAGAAAUUGGAAGAGGAACCACAAAAAUCCACCCUUUGCAAACAUGAAUUACCUUCCAAUUCAAAUAAUUAUUCAUGUUCCAUUGUCAAAUGCACAAAGUGCAAUAACAUUAUCGAAGAUUGCUCUUGCGAAGAGAACAGAUUUGAAUGGAAUGAAAUUUACUGCGCGCAUUGCCGUUUGUCGACAAUGCAAUGCGUCCACACACCACAUUUGAAGAGUUGCUUGAAGACCGAUAAACCGAAAUUUUGCGGUAUAUCACCUUUAAAGAUCAGUUCGCAUAUCUGCACGAGUUACUGCAGAAUGAAGGAAGAACGCAAGAGCAGAAAAAUGACAAUGUGUUGCCGUUCUCGCGAAGAAUGCAGAUGUAGGUGGUACGUAACGCGCGACGAUUGUUUAAGAGUUGUUAAUAAACGCACGUGUGAAUUACAAGGGAAUCGCAUCAACUGCGACAGGUCGGAAAAUCAGUGUUGCUGUGCCAAAUUCACUUUGGUAAAGUGCCACAAGAUUAAAGCAAGUUGCAGUCGCAAGAGAGCAAUGAUAUGCCUGUACUGCGAUAAUUCUCAAGACAAAUGUACAUGCAGAACAAUUGAAAAGUGCUCGUAUUGUGGGUGGCCGUCAGAUGUUGGCAACUGUCAAGACAACAAGGGUCACGCUCGUGAUUGUGAACAGAUUGCCAGAAGACCGAAUGAGUAUCGGACGAUUCAUAUCAGCAGCUGGAAGCCGAAGGAGGAAAUCAGGCGAUAUUCCGCCAGAAACUUUGAUGAUUUCCGGUCGUACUCUCCCGAAGAAUAUCACUGUAACGAAAAGCCGAAGCGGCAACGACCUGAGAAGUUACCUCAUCAACAGCCAAAUAUUUUCUCGGAAAUGAUGAAUGAACUACAGCAAAAGAUAAGUGAGUCCGUAUGCUGCUCACGAUGCUGGAGGAAUCCUUGUUGUUGUGGAUCGCCGGUCGAUCAAGAUAAGAGAAAGGAAGGAAAGAAAGCCGAGAAUCGUGUCAAGUGUACCGAAAUAGAAAGGUCACCCAGAAAAUCCCCGAAUAAUUGCCGGUGUAGUCCAAGUCCUAGGACCGAGUGUAAAAGCACUGUUCAAAACUCGAUGCCAAACCAACAUACUGGCUACGUUUGUAAAUUAACGCCGUGCAGAUGCAGAAAAGAUAGAUCCAACUGCAAAAGACCAUUGGCAAAGUGUUAUUACUGUAAGAGUCUGCCAUGCACCUGUACCACAGUGAAAUAAUCGAAGUCGUGCAGGUGCGAUGAUUCACCAAAUAAAAUUAAGACAAAAAGAAUUUUACCAAUCCGAGGAACAGAUACGAGAAAUGAUGUUUAAUUGGCAAUAUUUGCUGUCAAUGGUAAAACGAAUGGCAAGUAAAUACAGUGCGAUACAUUGUUUGUAUAAAAUUCCAAGACAAUAUUUAAAACACACAGGGAUUAUAAAACUAUUUUAGUAUUAUUUUU